AAGACCCGGAGGGGAGUUUGGUCCUAUGACGUGUGUGCACAAGGAGUGGGGAGGGAGCAGCGACGCCCCAGUGUUGAGUGAAAUCUAGGCUAAUUUGAGGUAGAUGGCCUUUGAGCUGUCUGUGUAAACCAUUGUCUCAGCCUGUUCUGAUGCGAAUCAAAACCCUGAGAUGAUCAGCCCCAGAUUAAACUGCUCAUCUGGUUCUAGCCUCUGAUCCUUCUUUAUGAUGCUGGAUUUUGACAGCUUCCUUGUUCCUCCUGCCUGGCUUCUCUGCUCACAAGGGUGAGGCCAGACGCAACAACAGCUUUGUUUUGAUGGUGGUGCCCUGUCCUCAGGCCAGCAGAAAAAGAAACAGCGAUAUGUGGAAUUCUCUGGAAACAGCUGCUGUGUUUAUCCCUUUCAGUCUCUUCAGCCCACCUUCCUCUCUCUCAGUAAUGCCCCUUCUCCCCAUCCUUUCCUUCCCAUUUCCCUGUCCUUUGUAUUCAUACAACUUUCUCUUUAGUAUCCCUGCUCUCUGCAAGUCCAUUGGAAGUGUUUGAGGAAGUAGGCUGUAGCCUCUGGCUAAAAAUAGAUGUAUAAAUUCAGAGACCUGACUAUAGAAGAACUGAAGAAUGUAAAUAAGAUCUACCCAAACUUUCUGUUUUCCAUGGACACCUAUACUUUCAAAGAUGGAUCCCAAAAAGACCUCCUGAAUUUUAGUGGCACUGUUCCAAUAACUUACCAUGGUCAUUCUUAUAACAUACCAGUUCGUUUAUGGAUCUUGGAUUCUCACCCUUUUGCACCACCCAUUUGUUUCUUAAAGCCAACUGUAAACAUGGGAAUUUCUGUGGGAAAACAUGUUGAUGCACAUGGCAGGAUAUAUUUGCCCUACUUACAAAACUGGAGCCACCCAAAGUCAACUGUCAUUGGGUUAAUCAAGGAAAUGACUGCCAAAUUUGAUGAAGAGCUCCCUCUGUAUUCAGUGUCAUCAUCUGAUGCGGCCAGGCAGCUGGAACUGUUGUCUUUUAUUGCCAAGUUCAGUGAAGGUGAAACUGAUAUGAAAUCAAAGAGUCAAGUGGAGAAAGAGAAGAAAAAUGAAACUUGUAACAAAAUUACGGUUAUUGGAGGAGGAGAUCUUGGUAUCGCUUGUGUACUAGCAAUUGCAGCAAAGGGUGCUGCAGACCAGGUGGUUCUUUUAGAUCCCUCUGAAGGUGCAGCAAAAGGAGGAAUCAUGGACCUGGAUAUCUUUGAUCUACCAAAUGUAGAGAUUAGCAAAGAUUUUUCUGCAUCUGCUGAUUCCAAAGUGGUGGUGUUUACAGUUAAUUAUCUGGGUAAUGCUCAGUCAUAUCUUGAUGUCAUACAAAGCAAUGUGGAUCUGUUCAGAGGAAUUGUCCCUGCCAUAACAUACCAUAGUCAAAAUAGUGUGCUGCUUGUUGCAUCUCAUCCAGUGGAAAUAAUGACCUAUGUAUCAUGGAAGCUGAGUGCAUUUCCCAAAAGCAGAGUUGUUGGAAUUGGCUGCAACCUGGACACUGAGAGGUUCCAGUAUGUCAUCGCAAACCUGUUGAAAGCUCAGACUGUAGGAAAAGAGGCUUGGAUUAUUGGUGAACAAGGGGAAGGCAAAGUGCCUGCAUGGACCGGUUCUAAUUCAGCAACAUGUCAAACUGCAGCAAAAUGGCAUCAUAAUUCAAGGGAACAGUUAGCAAACAGAGCCAUGGAAGUUCUUAAGGGAAAAGGUCAAAGGUCUUUGUCUGUUGCAUUAUCAAUAGCUGACCUGAUUGAAAGUAUAUUGAAAGAUAGAAGAAAGGUUCAUUCUGUAUCCACUCUGGCAAAGGGGUGCUGCAAUAUAAACAGUGAAGUAUUUUUAAGUAUGCCUUGUAUUCUUGGAACCAAUGGUGUGAUUGAAAUGAUCACGCCAGAGAAAGAGGAGCUGGUGGCAGCGAAACUACAAAACAGUGCCUCAUCAAUUCAUGACCUUCAGCAGCAAUUGAAACUUUAAACAUGAUGAAGUCCUGACAUCUGCUUAUGACAGCGUUGGAUUUGCUAAGGAGAAAGGGUUGCUGUUAAAUCUUUGUAAACAGUACAGUUGUCUGAUUUCCUUUCACAAGUUCGUCAUUCCUACAAAGCUCUUUUUAAUCUCUUUAACACAGCACACCACAACCAUAAAUUAAGAAUUUCUAUUAUGUGUGUUUUCUUAAUCAAAAUGAAGGUAAUAUACAAAAACGUCUCAUCAAAACCUAAGCAAUUUUGCCUGCCUUCUUCAUCAUUAACUUAAGAAUCAGGCCUGCAUGGUGCAUAAAUUCAUUGGGGGAUGGGGCGGUGACAUCAACUUAACCAGCUGCUUGGGUAUUCUUUCAGUAUAUGUGGAGAGCCACCCUCUGCUAACUUUCAGUGUGCAGAGACUGACCAACACCAUCUCACACCAGCUUUUCACUGCAGGAAGUAAUUGACCGACAGGCACAAUAAAGCCUGCUUAUAAGCAGACACAGUGAAGGUUAAUGCACUUUAUCGUCUUUUAUGUAACCAAAUUCCAUUCCAUCACAUGGCUAUAAAAAUAUAUAUUUUUAAUAAUACCUCCAAACUUGAACUUCUGGACAUUGCAUAUGAAUGUAGGUUUUUUUUGUUCAUCUAAUUGUGCCUGAAACUUUCCCCUAGAAGGUACUAUUGUUGUUUUGUAGCGUGUAGCAUUAAAGUAUCUGAAAGAUUAGAACUACCUUUUUAAACUCACAGCAGGCACUCCAAAAGAUGUAGCAUUAGUUCAAAUACUCUUUGGAGUGUAGAGAUGUUUGUGACAGGGUAAUAAUGAAUCAUAUUAUCUGACUAUGAAGUCACUGAGCUUUAGAUAAGGCAUCUAAGGAAUAAGAUGUAUGGGGCAGGAAGCUAAUUCUGCGUAGGGAGACACCUAUAAACAAAAGUGGUUGAGGUUUCGUAUAAAAGGAUGUUCUGAUUUUAAAAUAAACCAUUUGGGACAGAUGACUUUUCUCUUAUUAAACCAGAUACCCUUCUAAAAGAAAGACCUUUAUAUUAAAGUAUUAAUGAUACCAAGCAUAAGGGAGAAAUGUGGGCUUUGCUCUUGCUUUUAGGACGUAAGAAUUGGACUCAACACUUCAAGUGUUGAAACAGGGAUGAAAUUUUGUCAGCAAAGAUGCAAUGUAUGAAUGCUUUAAGUGAAGCUCUACUGGCUUGUUCCUUGCAAAGAUGCUGUCUUGCAAUGGCUGAGUACCCUCAGCUUCCAUUUGAAAGUCAUUUUGUACAACUGAUGUGAGUUGUUUCUGUUGAUCCCUGAGCAGGAUUGAGCCCUUUCUUUGGUCUUAGUGGGAGAUGUGGUAUGCUGAGAGUUCUCAGAAUUGUAAGCAAAAAAGAAAACAACCAUUUUUCUCAGUUUCAUAGUUUAUGAGAAUUCUGUUUAUUUUGAUCAAUGCUAUAUCUCAAGCUGGUUGUCAUAUAAACUUAGCUGGUUUAUCUGGUUGUAAAAAAAUAGCUGGACUAUUUUCACUUUUGAAAAAUCUUAAGUGAGUAAUAAUUGAAUUUUUCUUAGGGUAUUUUGCAUUGCAAUAUGUUGUAGAGGGUUUUGUGGCUGGAGUGAUGCACUACAUUUAAUAUUGUAGCAUAUUUUAUUAAACAUUGCAGUAGUUUUUUA